AGGUUAUUAACAAAAAAAAAGUCCAAAAACAGAGAAGUUGGAAAAAAAAAAUGGAAAAUGAAUCACCAAAGAAAUGGAGUUUUCAAGCAAACAAAAGCUUAACAAAAGCAAAAGCAUCAGAAUUCAGCAUUCGUAAAGUUCUGACUCAAUUAAGAGAGAGUCUCAACGAAGAAGAUGAAAGAAUUGUGAUUCCACUUGGCCAUGGUGAUCCUUCUGGUUUUCCAUCUUUUUUUACCACUUCUGUUGCUGAAGACGCCAUUAUUGAUGCCCUCAAAUCUAAGAAAUAUAACGGUUAUGUUACGACUGGUGUUGGUAUACCUCCUGCAAGAAGGGCAAUUGCGGAAUACCUGAAUCAAGAUCUGCCAUAUGAGUUAUCAGCCGAGGAUGUUUUUGUAACGAUUGGAUGCAGACAAGCUAUUGAAGUCUCGUUAGCAGUUAUUGGUCGACCGGGAGCUAACAUUUUGCUCCCAAGAUCAGGUUUUCCGCACUAUGAAGCUGUAGCUGCCCAAAUUGAUCUCGAGGUUCGCCAUUUCGAUCUUCUACCGGAAAGUGGCUGGGAGGUCGAUCUCGAAUCCGUCACGGCUCUAGCUGAUGAAAAUACUGCUGCUAUGGUUAUUAUAAACCCUGGUAAUCCUUGUGGAAAUGUCUACAGUUAUCAACAUUUGGAAAGAAUUGCAGAGACAGCUAGGAAGCUUGGAAUAAUGGUGAUCUCUGAUGAAGUGUAUGGUCAUCUUACAUUUGGGAGUACCCCAUUUGUGGCCAUGGGAGUUUUUGGAGGAAUUGUGCCUGUCAUUACGCUUGGAUCUAUUUCCAAGAGAUGGAUGGUUCCUGGCUGGGGAUUUGGUUGGCUUGUCCUCACCGAUCCUAAUGCCAUCCUUAAACAAUUUGGGUUUGCCGAUUCGAUCAAGAGCUAUCUGAACAUGUCCUCGGCUCCUGCAACCUUCAUUCAGGGUUCCAUUCCACAAAUCCUAGAGAAUACAAAGAAGGAAUUCUUUCUGAAAAUCAAUAAGUUGCUAAACGAAAGCGCGGAUUUAUGUUACGACAGAAUUCAAGACAUUCCUUGCAUUACAUGCCCCAGUAAACCACAAGGUUCUAUGUUCAUAAUGGCAAAACUGAAUUUGGCAGCACUUGAAGGUAUUAAGGAUGAUAUAGACUUCUGUCUUAAGUUGGCUAAAGAGGAAUCGGUCAUGGUUCUACCAGGAAUUACUGUAGGAAUGAAGAAUUGGAUUCGCAUAACUUUUGCAGUUGAAAUGUCAAUACUUGAAGAUGGUCUUAGGAGAAUUAAAUCUUUCUAUGAGAGGCAUGCCACAGAGCACUGAACUUUAUAUUACUAGUACUUUGACAGUAAAUUGAAUCAUUAAAUUUUUAUAAUAAAAAGAUGGAGAUGUUAAGUA